AUGUCCGUUCACGAGAGCCCAUGGCGUACGCACCGUUCAAGCUUAGGCAGUUUGUCUGGCCAGCCGGCGGUCGUGUUCAUCACAAGCCCGUCCCCGCCAGCUCCACCUGCACCUCCCGCACCUCCGGCCCCUCUGGCUCCUCCUACGCCUCCUACGCCCCCUGUGCUUCCCCCGGCCUUGGUCGACUGGCGCAGCAACCGUUCGAUAGACCCUCUCGAGAACGAGGGGUUUCCCGAACCCGUGACCAAGGAUGACGACAACUCGGGCGACGACGCAGUGAACCACGACGACGUGCACGUCGCCCCUGAAGUGGAGGAGUGGGUGAACCCCCUGUAUGCAAUCGCCGCAGAUGAUGAGGAGGCGGCAAAGGAGGCGGACGCUGAGGAUGCCGAGGACCUCCCAAAGGAGGAGGAGGAUUCUAAGGAGGAGGAGGAGGAGGAGGAGGAGGAGGAGGAGGAGGAGGAGGAGGAGGAGGAGGAGGAGGAGGAGGAGGAGGAGGACGAGGAGGAGGAGGAGGAGGAUGAAGAGGAUGGUGGGCUGGAGGAGAACGUGGACGAAGAGUGA